AUGAAGCGAACCAGGCGCAUGCAAGCCCCUUCUUGCCGUCCUGCCCGAUCGCGGCGGCUCCGUCCACCUACCAGGCCACAGCGUAGAACUGAGAGUCUCACCGAUCAAGUUACUGCACCUGAUCCCCCAGAGGUACACAUCGACACCGUCUUUCCCGACACAUCCACUGGCUUCGUCGCCGGCGUUAUCUUGGGUGCCGCAGCAAUUGCAAGCAACUUUUACCUUACCCCUCGCCCUCCCGCCAAUGAUCCCUGUACUGGCAUGAUUGCUCAUGUGGUCAUUGAACAGUUCCUUGACAAAAUCGGCCAAGAUGUGGCAGCCGCCGUCCGUCACUGCACCAGGAUCGAGGAGGAGCUUAAGGACGCUCGUGACGCCCUAGACCCUCACGGCGAGGUGAGUCAAUACGUAGAUCUCAGAGAUUCUCGCGACAGAGCCCAUAUUGUGAAACUUGAGGCUAAGCUCAAGACAGCGAAGAAGGCCCUGUACGACCAGCGCUGUCGCUUUCGGGCUUGGGCUGAGCGCCGUGACCGCCUCCAGCUACUCGAUAGAGAGUAG